CACAGACUCCGCCAUCUGGGCACCUCUCAUUGGCCUGUGGAUUCACCACCCCUGGACUGGGCUCAAAGCCCAGCCAUUCCCAUAACUACACCUGGCUCGAUCUCCACAUCAUCUGCUCCGAGCUCCAGGCUCUGGGGAAUUCUGGAAACUUCCAGCCAGGGACCGUGGGCACAAUGGCACCUGUCCUGCUGCCCCUGCUGCUCCUUUUGGGCCCUGCAGUCCCCAAGGAGACCCAAACUGGGCCUUACACUCUGAGCUUCCUCUACACCGGGCUGUCCAGGCCCGGGAAAGGCUUCCCCAGCUUUCAGGCCAUGGCCUACCUCAAUGACCAGCCCUUCUUCCGCUACGAGAGCGAUGGCAGGAAGGCUGAGCCCCUGGGCCCCUGGAGCCAGGUGGAAGGGAUGGAGGACUGGGAAAAGGAGAGCGAGCUUCAGAAGGCCAGGGAGGACAUCUUCAUGGCGACCCUGAGAGACAUCAUGGACUAUUACAAGGACAGAGAAGGGUCGCACACCUUUCAGGGCAGGUUUGGCUGUGAGCUCCGGAACGACCAGCGCCAGGCAGCGUUCUGGAGGUACGCCUACGACGGUCGCGACUUCAUCGAGUUCAACAAAGAAAUCCCAGCCUGGGUGGCUCUGGACCCAGCAGCCGUGAACACCAAGCUGAAGUGGGAGGCCGAAGCGGUCUACGUGCAGCGGGCCAAGGCCUACCUGGAGGAGGAGUGUCCGGGGAUGCUGCGGAGGUACCUGGAACACGGCAGGGGCCACCUGGACCAGCAAAGCCCUCCCUCCGUGUCGAUCACCCGCCACGUGGCCCCAGGACAGAACGGGACCCUCAAGUGCCUGGCCUAUGACUUCUACCCAGGAAGAAUCGGUCUGCGCUGGACUGGCGCUGGUGGAGCACAAGAGGCUGAGUCUGGGGGAGACGUUCUUCCCAGUGGAAAUGGCUCUUACCAGUCCUGGGUGGUGGUGGGUCCCCCUCAGGACAGAGCCCCUCACUCGUGCCACGUGGAGCACAGCAGCCUGGCCCAGCCCCUCACUGUCCCUUGGGCAGGGCUGCAAGAACUGAGGGUGGGAGGCAACAUUGGGACUCCGGCCCAGUAGGUGCCCUUGCUGUGGGACAGGAGCCAUGUGAACUCUGGCAAUGCCAGCCAAGGCGAGCAGCCAGGCCCAGGGGGCCGGGGGUGGAUUCCCAGAAGAGUGCCAGCACUGGGCACCAUCACUGCUAAAUUGCCUUCCCAAAUCCCAUUAUCUAUGUGUAAAAUCAAUCAGCGGUCAUUGCAUGGCCUAGAACACCGUAUGUAAAGGAUU